AUGUUCACCACGAACCACACGACAGACUCCAACGUCCCGCCUCUCCACCUCUCGCGCCCCCGCGGGUUUGCCCUUGGAGAAGCACCACCAGCCCAUAGCCUCGACAGGAAAGAUCAGCUGUUGGAUCAAGGUGCUGCAGUAGCCAUCACGCCAGCGGUCCACUACCCAGCACGAUAUGCAUCCUCGAGCAGGCUCAGGCCCGUGACCCGUCGACCCAUGGGGUCGACUGCGUUCUCAUUUCCCACCAACCGCAUGGGAAACAGGCCCGCCUUUCCGCCCUCCACCACACCCGACGAACCAAAAUCUGGGUCGAUUGACAAGUCGAAUCGAGCUCUCAUCAUGUCGACCGAGAAGGAAGGCACCGAGGUGCACCAUGGCAUCUCCGCCAACGACCACCUGGAUCACCACGACAUCCAGUACCCUGUUGUUGCCGAGGGUACUGGCAAGACAUUGGACGAGGCCCACGGCGCCAAGGCCAAGGAAGUACACAACGCCGAGUUUUUCGCCGCUGUUCAGGAGUCCAAAAUUGAAAGAUGGAGCAAGAACUCGCUCAAGCUAUACUUCGCCGUCUUCAUUGCGUUCUGCUGCGCCUGUGCCAACGGUUAUGAUGGCUCCCUGAUGGGCGCCAUUAUCGCCAUGAAACCCUUCCAGAACACCUUCGGAACCGGUCUGACUGGCGAGAAGAUCUCCAUCAUCACCUCGCUCUACAGCGUGGGCUCAAUCAUCACUGCCCCCGUUGCUGCUGCCAUUUCAGAUCGCUACGGACGCCGAAUCGCCAUGUUCACAGGAGGCAUCGUUAUUAUUGUCGGCGCUGUCAUCGCUUGCACCUCGAGCACCAUUGCUCAACUCACAGUCGGCCGUUUUGUUCUCGGUGCCGGCAUUGCAAUCAUGACUGUGGGCGCUCCGGCUUAUGCCAUAGAGAUUGCCCCCGCCCACUGGCGAGGUCGCUGCGUCGGCUUCUACAACUGUGGCUGGUUUGGCGGCUCUAUUCCCGCAGCCUUUGUCACCUUCGGCACCAGCUACAUCAACAAUGACUGGUCAUGGAGGAUUCCCCUGCUCCUCCAAUGCUUCGCCUGUAUCAUUGUGAUCUGCUCCGUUUUCUUCUUGCCCGAGUCACCGCGUUACCAGAUCGCCAAUGGCAAGGAGGAAGAAGCCAUUGCCUUCCUCGUCAAGUACCACGGCAACGGAGACCCGUCCUCCCGUCUGGUCAUGCUCGAGAUUGAGGAGAUGAAGGAGGGUAUCCGCCAGGACGGCGCAGAUAAGACCUGGUGGGACUACCGUUCGCUGCUCAACGAGCACAAUGGUCGCUGGAGGUUCCUGCAAGUCGUCAUGAUGAGCACCUUUGGUCAAUUCUCCGGAAACGGUCUUGGUUACUUCAACCCCACCAUCUUCGCUGGAAUCGGCAUCACUUCUACGGCUCAGCAGCUGGGCUUCAAUGUCCUGAACAGCUGCCUGUCAGCCAUCGGCGCCGGCGUUGGUGUUUCUCUUAGCGAUAAGAUGAUGCGCCGUCCAGUCCUGAUUUUCGGCACGUUCGCAUGUGCCUGCCUGCUCGCCAUCAACGGCGGAACCUCGGCCGUCGUGAACCAGCACACCAAUGCCGACAAGGAGCUCAAUCCCGCCUACAUAUCAUACGGCCAAACCGCACUAGCUUUCUAUUUCCUUUUCAACGUGGUCUACUCCUUCACCUACACACCACUCCAGGGUAUCAUCCCCGCUGAGGCUCUGGACACCAACCGUCGCGCCAAGGGUCUUGCCGCGUCCGGCAUCAUCGUCGGCAUCUUCGGGUUCGUCAACCAGUUCGCCGGCCCUAUCGCACUAGGAAACAUUGGCUACAAGUACAUCUUUAUUUUCGUCGGUUGGGACAUGUGUGAGGCCGUCCUGUGGUACCUGUUCUGCGUCGAGUCUCAAGGCCGAACUCUCGAACAGCUUGAGUGGGUGUACAACCAGCCCAAGCCCGUCAAGGCUUCGCAGCAAGUCGAGAAGGUUGUUGUCCAGGCCGACGGAAAGGUCACGGAGAAGAUUGUUGAUACCUCGGCCUAA